GCUACAACAUUUACAACACACACAAGAUGAGCGCCGCAAAGAAGGGUCUGUUCGUACAGACCACCAGCUUUGAGCCCAAUGCCAUCCUGCGUGGCGCACAACUCACCCUCGUCGGCGCCUAUCGUGCUCUUCAGAAUCCAGCACUCUUCACCAGCGAGCAUUACCGACAAGCUGCGUUGGCUGUGGUGGCUGGUGUGGCCAUAAGUCUCCUUGUAUCCAUACCUACAUUUCUCAUCCAACUGGGCAUCCGAUUUGUCGGCCUCUUCAAAGACCUCGACCGCUCCACAUGGGACGAAGGUGUGAUUGAGGGAAUCCACUACGUCGAGCAUCAUGUCCUGCAAGUCCCCUUCUUCCUCAUGUCUUUUAUGAGACAUUUAUCCCCGGCCAUGGAUUCAAUGUUUAUGGACUCUCUCGCCUGGGUGGACAAGACGUACAUUGCCAAACACGAAGGCGAGAAUCCGAACGAGCUGCGUGCGAUGUACUACCCGAACUUGAAGCUCUAUGAAAAUUACAAGGCCAAACGAGAGAAGAAGGACAAUGCGUAUGCGGCCAUGUCCGCUUUUCUCAUGCGGUUCGGGAGGAGGGCGGCACUGUCGCUGGCUGUGUAUCUUGCUUCUUUCCUCCCGUACAUCGGACGAUUCGUGCUCCCUGCAGCGAGCUUCUUCACAUUCAACCGCGCUGUGGGCACUCCGGCUGCUGUGGUCAUCUUUGGCUCGGGCGUCCUUAUUCCGAAGCGGUUUUUGAUACAGUUUCUGCAGAGCUACUUCUCCAGCCGAACCAUGAUGAGGGAACUGCUCGACCCAUACUUUUCCCGCAUUCGCUAUCCCAAAGACAAAAAGGCACAGUGGUUUCACGAUCGAACCGGCGUGCUCUACGGCUUUGCACUCACUUUCUUUUUAUUAGCCAGAGUGCCUCUAGUCGGCGUUCUCGUUUACGGCAUCGCGGAGGCCUCAACAGCGUACUUGAUUACGAAGAUCACUGAGCCCCCACCACCUCCACAGGAGGCGGAGAAGUUCAUCGAACAGGAUGUGCACUGGAAGAACAAGAAGCAGUUCUUGGAUCUUCCUCUCGACAAGCUAGACAAGUUCAACAUAUCCACGAUGGUUGGAGAGAAGUCAAGGCCAGACAGCACUGGCGGGGCGGAGUUGAAGGGAAGGCAGUUUUCCUGAGUCGGGUUGACUUGCAGGUGGAUUCUCGUCACCGUGAUGGCACAUAGUCCUUAUGUCGAAGCUACCACAUAGCUGGACUUCCUCCUCUUCUCCUAUUCAUA